UGUGGCUCCCCGUGGGCAACUCGUGCGAGCCUGCAGAGUACGGGGCGAGUUGGUUGUAAGGACUGCGGGCUUCAACGUGCACCCCAGCAUAUAACGAUUCUUCCGCUGCAAAUGUGUUGAGCACUGCCGAACGCCCUGCCUUGUGCGCAAAAUGCUAGACCUGUCAUCCGACCCCACUCUUCGUCUGCUAACACAACUCUUCCGCAGGCCACUCGAUCCGCUAUCGGAAAUCUCGCGCAUCCGCCAGUCCCUCGUACAGCUCGAAUCCUACAUCAAAGUAGAUAGCUCGAAUAUCCGACCCAUUAUCGGGUAUGCACAUCUCCCGCCGAGUGCACAGUCAGGAGCGCACCCGCUCGCUCCGCUAGCGGCUCGGCUAGACUCGCUCACCCGCGGAGAUGCUGCCGACCGGACGAAGACCGAGAGCUCCCCAAUGGUCGGGACGCCUGGUAUGUUCGGAGGGCGGAUGGGCGGUCUAUACCUUGGACCUACCACUCCGGGAUCGCUCAUGGUUGGGAACCACGACAGGGACGAACCCGACUCUGACAGUCCCACCGCACACAUUGAAGAGGUGGUAGAGCCCGGAGCACAAUAUGACAGCGACUUCCUCGCUGAACUGCCGGCCUUCGACAUCAUCGACGCGUUGAUCGCGUACUACUUCGACUACUGCAACUGGAUAUACCGGCACAUCAACGAGAAGUCGUUCAUGGAGGGCUGGCAGCGGUUCAAGAAGUGGGAGUCGGGCGACCGCGUCGUGUUCGCGACGGCGUGCAUCGUCAUGUGCCUCUCGCUGCGCUACCUGCCGAGCGGGCACCCGCUGCUGGACCGCAUGGGCUCCGGGACAGUCGAGGACCACAGUAACAAAUACCACACGCUCAUGCGCAACGUUCUCAAGCGCCACCGCGAGUCGGCGGAGAGCCUGACGCGGACAUACACGCUGCCGCUUGUGGAGCUCCUCCUCGCGCAGUCGCACUAUUUGACGUUCGCGAAGGAGGACCCAGAGGAGGUGUGGAAGCUCGCUGGGGAGCUGAUCAGCAUCGGGACGGCGGUGGGCCUGCACCGCGACCCGUGCAAGCACAAAUUCGACCGGCUCACCGCGGAGCGGCGCCGCUGGGCGUGGUGGCACAUCAUCCUCUUCGAGCGGUGGCAGGCGUUCAUGUUCGGCCGCCCGCUGCACGUCGCGUCGCACCAUUUCGAGACGGACCUGCCGACGAUACGCGACCCCGAGAUCGAGAAGCAAGUCGGGCGGCUCUUCCUCCCGAACCUCGCCCUCUUCAGGCUCGCGUUCAUCCUCGGCCAUAUCAUGGACGACGCGGUGUCGUUCAAGGCGAUCCAGUACACGUCCGUGCAGGAGAAGGACAAAAUGCUGACGGACUGGUACAGCGACCUCCCCGCGGAGCUGAAGCUCGACGAGUACGCGCUGCGCGCGGGGCUGCUCAGCCAGGAGAAAGCGACGCGGCGGCUCGCGGUGCAGAGCGUGAUCGACCGGUGCGCGUACCUGCACAUCCGGUUCACGCUCCACCGGCCCUACAUCAAGGUGCAGACGAGCCUCGACGCGGCGGUCGAGUCGGCGUCGGAGCUGAUCACGCUGUCCGCGCACGCGUACAGCGUGCAGAGCGUGCCGGGGCACCUGAACUGGUUCCCGUUCCACGUCUUCUCCGCGGCGAUGUUCUUCUCGUUCCAGCUCAUCACGAACCCGGACGUGCCCGGGAAGGACACCUUCCGCGAGCAGGUCCGCAAGGCGAUGGCGCUCCUCGAGCGCUGCCGCUGGCUGCCCGUCGCGGAGAAGGCCCUCACGAUCCUGCAGGCGCUCCAGCCGCUCUACUCGGAGGAGCUCGUCGUGCAGAGCGCGGACCAGCGCGCGCAGAAGAAGGCGGAGGUGCUCAAGGUCGUGAAGACGCUCGCAUUCCCGUACCAGGACCCGCCGACGGCGCGCGAGACGGAGGCGCUCCGCGGACACUCGUAUACACCGGCCUCCCAGAUGAGCAGCGCCUUGGCGUCUGCGGGCGUUCAGCAGCAGCAGAGGCUCGAGGGAUGGGUGGCGCAGCCACAGAGGCCGCCCCAGACGAUGCAGACAUACGGUCAAUCGUCCAUGACUGCGCGCCCCCUGCAGCAACAACUGUCGAUGGCAGCGGGGCCGUCUACGGACACACUCCCGUAUUCGCAUGCGCAGGCGAUGCAGCCGUCACAGGCCUCGAGCAACGCGCUGGCCCAAACAGCGGGUAUGCUCUCCCUGCAGAACGGCCAGAUGUCGGCGCAGUCGUAUUCGCAGAUGAAUAUGAACGCAUACGGGAUGCCGCCGCUGCCGUCGAUGAUGUCACAGCGUCAGAUGCAGCAACAACAGCAACAGCAGCAGCAGCAGCAGCAACAUCACGCGCAGCAGCAACAUCAGCAGCAACAGCAACAGCAACAGCAACAACAGAAUUACUCCAAUGGGACGAUGGACGGGCAGAACGGCCAGCCGUCGUACGUGCCACCGGCGGACGAGAGCUCGAUGUGGGGUGCGUCGGUUGGGUUUGGCAUGACGGAGUGGGCGCAGUUCCUUGAUGUAAUGGCUCGUCCUGAGGGGGAGCAACAAGGUCGAUGAUGCUCGCUGUGGUUGCUUUCGUUCGGCGGUGUGGGUGAGGACCCGGUGUAUUAAUGUUCUUAUGUUUGAUUUCGUCUCUGCUGUGUUCGCUCUUGUAUAUCUUAUGCUGUUGACUCUACCCUAGGUUCCUCAUGCUUCGGUCCUCGCCUUGAUCAACAUAUCCUUGUACAUAUAUACAUUUGUUGUGCUAUAAUUAGAGAGGCUCUGUUCUGCUUUGGCUCCGGGCUCAGUCUGCUCAGACUAUUGUUGGACUAUGUAGCGCCUGAGUGAGCUUCGACGACUGCGUUUCACAACAC